AUGUCAUUUGAUGUAGUUGAAGUUGCUUCGAUUCUUGUCUGGGUUAAAUUCCCUAUGCUCCUAUGGGAGUUCUGGAAUCCUAAUUCUCUGAGCGCUAUAGCUAGCUUUUUAGGGAAACCAUUAUUUGCUGAUAGAUGCACCAGAGAAAGAUCUAGAUUGGCAUAUGCCAGAGUUCUCAUUGAUAUGAAAUUGAAAGGCAUAUUCCCUGAUGUGGUGAUUAUAGAAGAUGGGGAAGGGAUUCAACACACUCAGAUGGUAGAAUAUGAAUGGAAACCUGUUGUUUGUGAGGUUUGCAACAAGCUAGGUCACAGGAAUUGUGUAACCAAGCACGUAUGGUUGGCCAAGAAAGAUAUAGAAGAAGCUGUUAACAUUACUAAAGGGUCUACUGUGGAAGAGAACAAAGUUACAGAAAAAGAGAUUAUAGAAACAGUUGUUAUUCCAGAUGACACUCUUGGACCUCUGGAGGAAGAGGCUAUAGCUGCAGUUGUAACCCCAGAGAACACUCCUAGUCCUCAUGAGGAAGAUUUUCAGCUUGUCACCAACAAGAAGAAAAACAGGAAUUUGUUUAAGGAAAAAGGAGGAGGAGGAAGCACCCAGACUAGGGAAAUAAUUUUGCUCAGCUGGAACAUCAGGGGGCUUAAUGAACCCCUGAAACAAGCAGAAGUUAACCACCUGCUUGGUAAAAAUAAUGUGGUUGUUGCUGGUAUCCUUGAGACUAGAGUUAGAGCUAGUAAUAAGGAUAAAGUUUGGAAAAACUUAAAUAUGAGGAAUUGGAAGUUGAUUGAUAAUUAUGAAUUUAGUGAUAAUGGGAGAAUGUGUAUCAUGUAUGAUGAUAGUAAAGCUAAAGUUAACCCUAUUAGAUUUACUGAUCAAUUGAUUCAUUGUGAUAUUAAUUUAAGGGGGGGGGGGGGGUGUAGUUUCAAAUGGACUCUCCUCUAUGGUGCUAGUUGUAUUAAUGAUAGGCAAAGAAUGUGGACUGAGCUUGCUGAUUUUGCUAGAAGUGUUGAUGGUAACUGGAUUGUCCAGGGUGAUUUUAAUGCAGUUAUGGGAGAUAGAGAUAGACUUAGUGGGAAUGAACUGGAUAAUAAUCAUGCUCUGGAAAUGGUUAAUGGUUUGUCUUCAGCUGGUUUGAAUGAGAUGAGAAGUUCUAGUUGUUGGUUUACCUGGAAUAAUAACCAGAUGGAUGACAACAGAGUUUGGAGAAAGUUGGACAGAGUUCUAUCUAAUGGCCUCAAUGAAGAGAUGCAGAAUUCUUAUUAUGAAGUUCUGCCUUGUUAUCUUUCUGACCAUAGUCCUAUUUUGAUGAAAAUUCAGGAGAGAGGAGAUAGUAGCAUUAAGAAGAACUUCAAAUUCUUCAAUUACUGGACUUCUAAUCAUGAGUUCAGAGAGAUAGUGAUGGAUGAAUGGAAUAAGAAAGUCAAUGGUUUCACCAUGUAUGGAAUUGUCAAAAAGCUGAGAGCUAUAAGUUACAGAUUGAGGAACCUUAAUAGGAAGCAUUAUUCUGAGAUUUCUCAGUGA